AAGCGCAAUUUGUUUUUUCUUUCGAAAUAUAAGCGCUUGCUUGUCAUGUUUUUAUUGAGUAAAUAUUGUAUUUAUCGUCACGUGUUUAUUGAGUUUUCUGUAGUUCUAUUUUAUACCCUAUAGAUCUAGUAACGAAAUGUAAGUCAAGUACUUGAUACAUUUUCGAACACGAACAGGAACUAUUCAUUAUUCAACGAAGGUUGCCUUACUAGUAACGUCUGUAACUAUCCCGCAUGUCAUUUUCAAUGCGCCUAUAUAAAUAUAUAGUAUAAACAAAAUGGAUUAAAGGUCCACAAAUAUUAGUUUUUGUUAUUUUAUGGAACUGUUGAUCGACCAUCGUCAUGUGGAAGUGCCAUAAAUGUGGAAAACCAGUGUACUUCGCUGAACGUAAACAAUCAUUGGGAUAUGAUUGGCAUCCAGAAUGUUUACGUUGUGAAGAAUGUGGCAAACGUUUAAAUCCUGGCCAACAUGCAGAGCAUAAGGGUGUUCCAUAUUGUCAUGUACCAUGUUAUGGAGCACUCUUUGGACCACAAUUAUUUGGUCAUGGAACAAGAGUUGAAUCGCACACAAGUUUUGGAAAGAAAGAAGCUAGACCAUCAUUACCCAGAUCUCACCUAGAGUCGAAACUGAAAGUUUUCAAUCAAUAUUAUGAGGGCAAGAGUGGGGGAUUCAGAAGUCGCGAGGUUAAUGGACGAUUGAUAUUAGAAGGUGCACUCCGAAUUUACUGGGGUGUCCGCGGAGUAAUCCAUUUAAAAGAAGACGAUGAUCAGCGUACAGUCGUUACCGCUCGGAAUAGAAACUCGUGCAGACGCAGCGUUUCUGAUAGUAUAGAAGAUGAGACUAAGGAGGAUAAUCCGGUGAAGAGUACACCCGAACAGGACACAGAAGCUGAAGUAAAAUCUGUUCCAACUUCACCAGAUCACCUUAAAAGUCUCACUUUGCCAAUGAAAUUAGAUGUUAAAAAUAUGGAAUGGGAUGAAUUGGAUGAACUCCUUCAGGUCGAACGGAAAGUCGAAGACGGCAAUAAAUUAUACCAGACGAUGCCCGAAAAUCUGCCGUCGAUAAGUUCGCAAAACAGCGCGGACGCGUUACCGCUCUCUUCUCAAUCCAGCCUGGACAAGUCCGAUUCCUGUGAGAAUUCAGAAACCAGUAGCCCUAAUCAUCAAGCCAACCGCGGGAAUGACAGUAGUGUAACCAGUACACCAACGCAUAGUAUAGGUAGCUCUUCCAGUACCGAUACACCUGUCUACCAUGGAACGCCAAAUCGAAACGGAACUCUUCGGAGAGUGGAGUAUUUCGAUAGUUUGGAAAAGAAUAUACCUGGGAACAGAACUAUUAGCACCGACGACAGUUGGAUAGAGAAGGGACUGAAUCGAUCUAUGUCCGGACCAGACUGUCUUCAAAGACAUCGAACGGAUAGCGAUACGGAUUCCGUGAACUCUCUUCAAUUUAGAGAAGACGACAACAUGACAAUGUCCACCGACAGCGGACUAGAGUUGGACGGUGUAGUUUUACGACGAAAACAAGGGUCUACUGCGAUUAGACGUCGUCCUGGCGGUCGACGCCAGUCCCGUAGUCGUUUACGACGUCGUUGUUCGAUCAACGGACACUUCUAUAAUCGCGAGACCAGCUUUUUCACACCACCGCAUGGAUCUCAAAUGUCCGUUUGGAUCACGAGCCUAGUAAAUACUCAAGAAGUUAUCAAUCUCAUGUUGGACAAGUAUAAAGUCGACGCUAAGCCGGACAAUUUCGCAUUAUUCGUCGUCCGCGAUAAUGGCGAACAAAGAAGAUUAAGAGAGGACGAGUAUCCUUUGGAAGUUCGCGUAGUGCUGGGUCCACACGAAAACGUUGCGCGACUCUUCUUGGUGGACAAACUGUCGACACCGGAAAUCAGCUCUGACGUCGCGCAAUUUCUUAACCUCUCUUUGGCAGAGUGUCAUGGCAUUUUGCAGCGCUAUCAUUACGAGGAGGAACGUCAAAUUCUUGUACUAAAGGAGAAAUAUAAGGAGAUGCGACGGAGAAUACGACAAAGGAUGGAAGAGCUGAAGGUCCGGCUGUAGUUAAUCCGAGCAGUACAAACCGUAGCACACAUGGGAACAUCGACUUUUUUCUAUCGAUAGACUCGGCAGACUUUUUUCCUACGAUCCAUAGGUGCUACUCCCAACCACGCACCCCCUGCUACCGAUUACAUACCCGAGAUUUCGAUAGUUGCACGUCGACUUCGCGGAAAAUAAGCAACACUUCGCGGAAAGCGAUGAACCGCGACAAUUUCGCGCGCAACGAUCGUUAAACGUCCAACGGUACGCGCGUACGUGCGUAGGGCGAGAUGGAUGACCGGAAUAGAAGGGAGGAACGAAGAAACGACGAUAGAGAAACGGAGAUGGGCAGAGUUGCAGCGCGAAAGAUAGAGCGAGAAGAAAAACUGCGGGACAGAGAUGAGACGCGCGUCGAAAGAGACGGAGGUAACAGUUUGAGAGGGAGAGAGACGCCCGGCGUCGCGAGAAGGAGAGAACCAGAACACGCGACCUUCGCGAAACGUCAAACGUCUAUGCUGUUUAGCAUGCAGUGCCGUACGACUGAAAGAGAUUUACCUAUGCUCUAACUCGGAUUACCUCCUUCAAAGACCGGCAAAUUUUAUUCGAAUGAUUUACGACGAAUGAAAAGGAAUCUGGUGAUUUAUUCCCGAUGGUUCUUCGAUUGAAUGGGUAUGCAGAUAAGUUUUUAAAAGGUCGAGGUGAAAUUAGGGGUUGAGUUUAGGUUGUGGUAGUGGAGAAUACUUAAAUAAUUGAAUAUAUUCUGUAUGAUUUGAUAUAAAAUAAAAUCCUAAUAGGCCUGUGUAAUUUCAUUUUAUGAACAAGCGUGGUGAAAGCACAAAUUUCAGUUAUGAUUCGGAAUUGUUGAAUUAAUUAUUGCAUGACGCGUGAAUGUAUAUGUACUCCUUUUAGUUUUGUAUAAAUGGUGGUACCAAACAUUUAUGCAUAUUUUUAAAAUCAUUGCGGUGAAACAGAUUGUAUUGUUAUCAACCAUUUAAAUACCAUUACGAUUCGGUGACAGGAGUUAUUAUAAAUAUGAAUAGUACGAUACAAAGCUCGCGAAAACACUGGAAAUUUGAUUUCUCUUUCAAUUUAUAUUUGGCAAUUAUUACAUGCAUUUAAACAUCUAAUAUAAUACUAUGAUUCCUUCUAUGACUAAUGUUUUUCCCUAUAAUCUAGAGUCUUAUCACAAUUUUGAUAUAUAGGAAUUUUUUAAACAUUUUAUACCAGUUUGACUCUAAUUUUCGUAUGAUUGUCUUAGAUUAUAAUUUUUCAUAUUGAAUUUCAUCAAUCCUCUCAUUCAAUCACGUACAAUUUCAUAACACCUUUAACACACAAUUCUGUACACUCAAUAUUCAGUGUAUUUAAUGAUCAAUUGUCUACAAGAAUUCAUGUUGCAAUUUUUAUCGAACAAACAACGCAUCAAAGUUCGUUCAUCUUUUGCCUAACGUUCAGAAUUUCCGUUUGGAUAACCGUUUCAUCUAUCGGUGGCUGUGAUAUACUGAAAUUCCAGGCGUACGCACAGGGGCUUCGAAACGAUUGCGAACGGUUGGUGGGUUUUAUGGUGGUCUCCCGCGUGUCUGUUAAAAUCGAACGAUCGCAGCCACGAGUCACGGCGAAUUUCGAGCUGUCGAUAAUCAGAAACUUCCGUGAAAGAGACACCCACGUACGUGGAAACGCGACAGCGGAGAUGGGCGAAACUUUAUUGGAAUAACAGAUAACGAAUGAAACGCGAGGAAAGUGCGCCCAACUUCGACGCUGACCCAGUCAUCCACGCUUUUGAUUCGCUUCCUCGAUAUGAUCGAUAAUUAAGUGCUAGUGUCUUGGACAGUUAUGAAGAAUUUUUUCUGAAUUCUGUAAAUAAAUGUUAUAAGAAACAAUUAUGACCGAAGCAUUCGCGACUUGUUCAAAAUUGGAGUAUGAAGUAGAGUAUUACUUUUUCCUGAUACAAGAAUAAUUUUUGUUUCUUUGUUGAAGUAAAAUGCAAGAUGAAGUGAGUUUGUUAGGUUCAUCGGUAAAGAGUCCGAUUGCUCUAGAUAUCAGCUACUAGAACUUCCUUUCAUACUAAAAUAGAAAACAUUCAUACAUAAUGAAGUGUUCCAUCUUAUAUUCUAAAUCUGCCCCAAAAUAAUAUCAAAUAUUUUCUAUUAUCAAUCAAAGUAACUGGCUAAAGAAUGUGUCUGUCUGUUCAAUGCAAAAUAUUUCCUACUCCAUUAAACGAAUUCUAACGAGGAACGCGUAAACUACAUCUUUCACUCCUUAUUAUAAAUGUCAUAUCACCCAUUCGAUGGUCUCUCCGUUCAUCGAUGGAUUUUCGCGUAGACGGAGCACGCGAGUACCUCCGUUUCUCUGGCAUUUAUCUUUUUUUGGUCGCUCACCCAAAAACCGCUUGACUCCCGUCGUCCUCCAAAAAUCUCGGCUUACUCCGGACGCACGUGUGAUAUUUUCGUCCCGCGGUGGCGGCUCACGGAACACGCACUCUUCUCGCCUCACGUUUCGCUUCAACACCAGUUGAGACAGAUUUCGAACAAAACCACGAGACCGCGAGAUCCCCUCGAUCCUUUCCCCGAUUCGACGUAUCCGAUCGAUCCAGCCGCUGGCUCUUAUUCACGUGUCCUGUCCUGUCAAAGAACGCUCGGCUCACUUGUCGCGCGCUUGACAGCGGGUGCAGCUGAGGGUAGGUUAGGUGCAGAGUGCUCGUAGGUUAGUAAGAUGAAACGUGCUCGUGUUCAUCCCUCCACUGGUUCGAUCUUUGGAGUAUCGUAUAAGAUCACUGGUACGUUAGAUGAACCAUCUAAUCACCAGCUGAGCAUUCACAAAACCCUUCCAAAAAAUUCUUCCUCUUGGAUUCACAAGAAUUCCUCUCGAAUUCCGGGUGAUCCUAGAUGGUCCAUCUAAGCAGUGAGCGUUGAGAAAUCGUUGGUAAUCUUCUAGAGCACCUCUCUUCCACUCCUGCCAGUCGAACUUCCACGACAGGGUGACGAGACUACUUUCUGUCAACUUUCAGUAGAAACUGUCACCUUUGAUCAGACAACUCCGUGUGGGCUUUAGAACGUCAACACACAGGUUCUAGAUGGUCCAUAUAACCGGCCUGGCUGUAUCUUGACCAUUCCCUACUCCCUCCGUCAACGUUCCAGCCCUCGACGCCCUGUGAGGCGCCCUCAACGCGUCCCCAGCUGUCAUCGUCGUCAUCGAGUCGAGUGACCGUCUCGCGAUGCUGCCCGACGCACUCCUUCGAUCUCCGCAGAUCUUCUCACUUGUUUCGAGCCUCGUGCCGCGACAUUCGACCGGGGAAUCUUCCUCUACGUCAACCAGCGUUUUAAUCGCUGACACGAUCGACCGACGUUGCUUUCGCCAGUGCGUUUAACUUUUGUUUACUUUUCUCCGCGUUAACCCGUGCAUACAUAUCCCGAUCGAUUCGUAUCGCGUUCGCACGUUUCUCUUUCUUUAUUUUCGAUUUCGACACGGCCGAACGAUCGACGAGUAUCUCCACUGUCGACGACGCUUCACUUUUCACUUGUCACGUGGCUCCAAUCUUUUCCGCUGGCAGGAAAUCGAGCCUGGACGUUCCGAGGCGAUCGAGACGAAUUCGAAAGAAUCGAGUACCCGAGGCGAUCGAAGCCGCAUGUGCUGGGGUUUUCCAUAUGCCAACGUCGGGACCCGAGCACAUGUGUCUUUGGAUCGGAGCGAGGCGACCGAGGAAUGAAAAAUGGACUUUUCAGCUGUUACGCGAAUUUGAAUCUCGACGAAAUUUAACUCUAGAUCGAAUAACAAUUAUAGAUUUAGACUUUCUAGGAUAGACUGUUGAAGCGAAUGGAGUUUAAAAGCCUCGUGAUUUUCAAAUUUCACCACAAUCCUCAGAGGACGAUUUGUUCACCGAAAGCCUCGUCCGUCCGUGCUCGAUGACACUGCAGCGUGACACGGUUGCACGCGUACGGCGACGAGCGUUUGCCAAAAGUUAAACCGCACAAGGUCGAGCAACGUCGUGGAGAACGUGGUCACGACGCGUUGUCGGAAACGAUUCACGGGUUCCACUGACGUCCGCGCGCACGGUUAGCUGUCAACCGUGGGAUUUCACGUGUCUCGUGCGCGCUCCUCCGACAGGAACCGCUCACGUCCGAAGAGGAGUUCUUCGAAAUCGUGCGUCCAUGAGCGUGUACGGGGAAAGUGCGUGUUCCGUGUGUCCUGCCAUCGUGGUCUUGGCGAACGGUUGCGAGAAACCGUGUGUUCGCCUCCGGUUCUCCACAGGGAUCGCUGUGACAGCGAACACCAGCGACGACAACAACAGUAGCAGUAGCAGCGUGUUCGGUGAUCUCGUAACAGGAACCGGUCACGAAAAAAAAAAAUAGAAUAAAUAAAACGGAGUACGGAAACGGAGGAAAGGGUAAACGGAAUCUUCAUCUCGCAUCCCUUGCGAUGGGGAUGAAUUAUGCUCGGUUUUUUCGUUCGAAGAGUAUCGGACGUGACAGAAUAAAAAAUUGAUAGAAAAAUGGAAAAACUCCGCGUAUCACAGAUCCCCAGACGAACGAUAUAUUCACGCACUCGUAGCCACGUAUUUUCGUAACGGACACUCGGUAAUAGAAAU